AUGGAGUUUUGUAGAGUUCAUACACUAGCUCUUGUUUCCUUCUUGUUUCUCUGUCCAGUUGCUCAUUGCUGGGGUGUUGAUAGCCAUCUCACCGUUUGUAAGAUUGCCCAGGCACGGUUGAGUGAAGCUGCAGCAGAUGCUGUGAAGCAACUUUUACCAGAAUCUGCUGAUAAAGAUCUGGGAAGUGUUUGUUCAUGGGCAGACCAGGUCAAGUUCCGGUAUCGUUGGUCAUCAGCUCUUCAUUACAUUGAUACCCCUGAUAAUCUCUGCACCUACCUGUACAGCACUGUAGCAGGGGCAAUCAACAAUUACACUAGCCAGCUCCUCAGCUAUGGCAAUGCUGCUUCUCAGCAUAAUCUCACAAAAGCACUUCUCUUCCUUUCUCAUUUAAUGGGGGACAUUCAUCAGCCGCUACAUGUAGGAUUCACAUCUGACAAAGGAGGCAAUACAAUCAACGUUCACUGGUUCAUGCGAAAAGCAGUUCUCCAUCAUGUAUGGGAUGAUAGCAUAAUUGAGACUUCAGAAGAAAGGUCAUAUGAUUCUAACACAGAAGGACUGAUCAACACAAUUCAGAAGAACAUUACGACUGCUUGGGCAGAUCAAGUUAAGACAUGGGAGACCUGCAGCCGUAACAAGACAGCCUGCCCAGACAUAUAUGCAACUGAAAGUAUAAAAGCAGCCUGUGAUUGGGCAUAUAAAGGUGUGAGUGAAGGUUCGGUACUAAAAGAUGACUACUUCCUGUUCCGUUUACCAAUUGUCAAUAUGCGGUUAGCUCAAGGUUGAGUUCGGUUGGCAGCCACACUUAAUCCUGUAUUUGGAUGAUGUACUGCUAUGUUUGUGGUAUACAGGGUCAAAUGGUUGCAUGGAUUUCUUU